AAGUCGGGCUCAGAUGUCCGCUUGCGAACCGAGCGUUGCCAAGCGAAAUGGCGUUACGCGAUUUACGCAGGUCUCUGCGCAGGGGAAGUGGACUUGGGCACGGAAGGUGAGAGUCAGCGCCAUCCAGCGCAAGGUGGCCUACCUGGCCUUGAAAGCGCGGUGGAAGUGGAAUGAAGCCGAGUUCAUCUGUCAGCGCUUGACGGAGGAAUGGCAACGACCACCAUUAUUGGCUCUCUUGCUGCCAGUCGCGGCAGCGAAUUCCUUUUUGCUGGAACUGGAGGGCCUCUCAGAGAAGGGAGUUGUGAUUGAAGGCUUUGCGGAGACAACGUACUGCGGCCAGGAGGUUUGCCUGUGGGUUUUGAGGUGGGCAAACGAGAACCCCGCUUCGGAUCCUCCUGCCAUCACCCUGGAGCACUUUGCAUCGAUGGUAACAGCAGUCAUGGCGCCUUUCCAUCCGCCGGAUUCUGGGCCAUUUCUUUGGCCGCUGCAUGACAAAGACAUCGCUUCAGCUAUCGCCAUGUGCGAGUACGCUGGGGUAGAUGCGCCUUGGUGGAGAAAGGUGCUUUGGGCUUUGAGGAUAGUGCAGCCACCAGGUGGAGCGGUGCUUGAAGAAUGCAUCCUAGACCACUACGGGCGUGAGGUCAGCUAUGUUUUUGCUUGGGCAAACGUCUUCACUCGCUUCCUGUGGGUGCUGACGACGGUUUGCUUCGUUUUCCACCUCUGCGGCGCGCGGGCGCAGCUGGGUGGCUUCCAAGGCGUGCUGUGGUACAUCAUGCAGUUCCUGAUCCUUUGCUGGGCAGUUUGCCUCAAUGCGCUCACCGGUUCCCGCCGGUCUGUGCUGCGAAGUGGCGGAGGCUUGCCGUCGAACACGAAUCAGAACCAGGUGAACUUCCGGGGCUUGGACCCCAGCAACGAGCCGAAGCGCGCGCGGCGCAAGAAGGAGGUGGAGCCAGCGCCGGGCCCGGCGCCGGCGCCGGAGUUGCCGGAGCCGUCCCCGCCGGAGUCGCCGCAGCCGUCCCCGCCGGCGAGUACGGCGCAGCUCCUUGGAGCCAAGACCACCAUGCUGGAUGGCGUGCACCGGCAGUCUAUGGGGGUCAGCAACAUGAAAACUUGCCGCGGUCUUGCUGCAGCCACGACAUAUACUUGGGAGGGCACCAAAGUCAUGAGCAAGGAUGCCUUGUCUCCGCAGCGCCUGUUGGAAGGUGUCCAGGAGGUGCCGGCAGAUCGUCGCAGCGAGCUAGCUGAAAAGCUGCAGCGCGCGCUGGUAAAGGCCAAGUUCAUUGGCUGGGAAUCCAAGCAGCGCCGCGGCGGAAUUUGGCCUGAGCCACUUUGGGGCUCGUGCACUUGGCUGAGGCUGUUGGUCCGGCGCCUGAACCCCGACUACUCGCAGAGCCGGUGCCCGAAGGCGUGGACGGCCUUUGCGUUGCUCACCACGGCAGCAGUGAUGGCAGCUUUCCUGCUGCUUGCGAUCAACGUUCUGUUCUUCUUCUUGAACUUGAAGACAUACUUGAUCUACGUGUGGGGCGAGUGCUUGGAGCGCCAGUGCAAGAGCCCAGCGAAUGUCCAUGGCUUCAAAGGGCUGCUGGCGGACAUCUCCGCCGAUAUCGCGCUUGCCCUGGUGCUCGUGGUGCUGCUCGGUGAAGUAUGCAAAGCUUUGGCAAUGCAACUGGCCAAGCUUUGGAACUUCAAGUACAUGCGUCGGCGCCAAUAUAUGCAAGCGAUGCUGUCCCUCUUUAUCGAGGUCCUGGCCAAGGUUGGGCUCUUCUCGAUGAUGGCAUUUGUUUUCCUGCCUGGAUGGCAUGCAGAGCCAGAAAAGGGUGUGCUGCCAGACGUGCGCGAGGCGUGCGGGGGUUACGUGGACUUUGAGAUUUGCUCGUGGAUGUUUGACUGCGGCCCUGAAGAUCAGCUGUGCUGUGCUGGCUCGUUCCUGUGCGCAAAGGACCUGUUAACAUUUGGGGAGCGACUGGAUCUUUUCCAUCAAUGGCUCUGGGCCCCGUUUAUCGUAUGCCCUUUCGUGGACAUGAUCCCGGCAGUUUUGGCGCCCUUGAUUGCCAAGCGGCUGUCCAAAUGGGCAGAUUAUGUGGGCCCGGGCACUGAGGGCCAGAAGCUGGGGCUGGGCCGCCGCUGUCUCAAUGGAUGGGCGAGCUGUUUUUGCUGCUGCUGCGGUAGGUGGCUCUCGCGCCUGCUGGCCUUGAUCUUCGUGCUGGAUGCAGAAGUUACCGGCCUGCGCUACCUGUGCUUUGGCCGCACCUUCGGCACCACGCAGCUGGACACGAUGGACAUGGACGACGACUACUGUGAACGAUGCCUGGAUGGGCCGCUGGAACAAGUUGUCCUCCGCGAGUUUGAUGCCUUGGAUGAGCUUAAGGACCUGAAGCUGAACUUCCUCUUUGUGGUGCUUUUUGCCCCGGUCUUGCCGUGGGCCAUCAUUCCCUCGCUCUUGGCCCGGUUGGUGGAGUUGCGCAUCAAGAUCCCGAAGCUCUUCCUGGUCCGCCGCCGCAGCUUUCCUCGGGAUGCCCACUUAGUUCAUAGCACGCAAGAGAGCUUUACAGAUGUGGUGACAACGUUCACAGUGUUUUGGUAUCUGGGCCUGUCACUGGUGACGUUCAACACCGAGCUCCACACGUGGAACCGGACAAUGCUGUCCUGCACAUGGCUGGGGUCAGGGCUCCUGGGCUCUGUGCUUGUGUGUUUGACAGUUCGCGUCUUGAGGAGGCAAGUUGAGAAGCGAUUUGGCGCUUGCUCCUGACAUCGACUAAGAGCUGCGAGGUUUUGACCAGUCGCAGGCCCCUUCCUGGAGCCAGCAGCACUGGCAGCGAUGGCUUUUCCUGAAUUGAUGCUGCCCCGCUUCGAAGAAGCAGCGACCUGCACUUGUGCCAAAUGGAUAAUAGAUUGCAAGGCUUGUUUUGGAAGAGUCUUCUCUACGCGGAUCCAUCUUUAAAAGAUGGCCACAAGGGGAGCAAGAAUUCAACAAUUUAUCAGGCGAGGCGCUGGUGUUUGCAUGAACAGUGCGUGCAACACCGCUUCGGCCAAUGUUCGGCGGGGUUGCGGAGCCCUUCCUCGAGGGUGACGUUUUAGGGGGCUCAGAUGGUGAUGCUUGUCG